GUCAGCUUUUGUCCAGCGAAUCAUCACUCCCAAGCACAUGCACGGACAACACUGCAAGCGUCUGACAGAGCCAAGCUCGCGAUUCCAAGCCUCUUCAGCCGAUUUAGUGGACGACCAAAGUUUAAUGGGUUCCGUUCUUGCAGGUCGCGUAUUCGCUCAGAACGGCAAUACGCAGCGCCGCCGUGACUCACAGGAACACAUAAAAGCAACCCAGCCAGCACAAACUUUACUCUCAAAACAUGAGCCAAUAUAAAAGUUAAAAUGUGCGGAAUUACAGCGUUCCUGACUCUCGGUCAACGCCCGGCUACUGACAGGGCACGCACCGAAGACGAAAUCGACAAAAGCCUCGACAUCGUCAAACACCGCGGACCAGACGCAUCGGGGAAAUGGAUUAGCGAUAGUGACCGCGUCGGCCUCGGGCACGUCCGGCUGUCGAUCGUGGACCUGCGCCCAGAAGCAAACCAGCCCUUCCACGACCCCGAGGAUGACGUAUACGCAAUCGUGAAUGGCGAACUGUACGACCACGAGCGAUACCGGGAGGAGCUGCGCGGGGAAUACAAUUUCCGCAGCCACAGCGACUGUGAGAUUGUGCUUGCGCUGUAUAAACACUACGGGUUGGCGUUUUUGAGUCACCUGCGUGGGGAAUUCGCGAUUGUGCUCUGGGAUGCGAAGCGGGAGGUGUUUCUCGCGACGAGGGAUCGGUAUGGUGUGAAGAGUCUUUAUUAUACGGUUGUUGAGGGGAGGUUGCUUGUUGCGACGGAGAUGAAGCAGUUUCUUGCGUAUGGGUGGCAGCCGGAGUGGGAUGUUAGAGCGCUGGUUGAGGUUGGGUGGACGUUUGAUGAUAGGACUGUGUUUCGGGGGGUGAACAAGAUCCAACCCGGUCAGUAUAUAAUGAGCCGGAACUAUGGCGAUAUCAAGAGAGAGAAGUACUGGGACUUGCAAUACCCAGACAAGACUGCAAAAGAAACCCGAACGGAAGAAGAGAUGAUCGAAGGAGUCCGCCAGCGCCUUCUUGAUGCAGUCCGAGUGCGCCUUCGCGCAGACGUCCCAGUCGGAAUCUAUCUCAGCGGUGGAAUUGACUCGUCAGCAAUCGCCGGGAUGGUCGUUGACCUAGUCAAAGAGGGAGCGAAACUCGGAGACAGCUCGAGCCAAGAUCUCUCGCGAAUCCAGUGCUUCACAGUGCAGUGGGAUAAAGACAGCGGUGCUGAUGAAUCUGAUAUCGCCCAGCGCACGGCGGAAUUCCUCGGGGUGAAAUUCAAUCCCGUCCACGUCACGGAGGACAUGAUUGCCAAGCGGUUCGAAGAUACCAUCUGGUACAGCGAGGCCUUUACAGCCGAUACCAACGGGAUGGGUAAGCUCGCGAUGGCCGAAGUUGCACACGAAGCUGGGUUCAAAGUCGUUAUCACCGGCGAAGGAUCCGACGAACACUUCGCGGGCUACACCUUCCUCCAGCCCGACGCCAUGCUCGAACCAGAUCAAUCACGGCUCAGCCAUGGCUACACCCCCGAGAAGCACGCCAUCGCCGCCAAAGAAGAAACCGAGCCCAAAUUCUACGGUAUAAAGAUCGUGCUCCCACCAAUCCUCCCCUCCACAGAGCGCACACUCAACAACACCAAAGUCUCCAGCGUCACCAGCCGCACCACGGGCCUGCGCUACGCAGACUGGGCAGCAGACAAAGACAAGCUCAAACGAAGCGACGCCCCUACAGUAUUUGUCGAAUCACUCGACGGAGAGACCCGCCAGAACAUGAUACAUAAAUGGCACCCACUGCACACAUCCGAGUACACCUGGACGAAGACCGGGUUUACCAAUAUCCUCCUCCGGUAUCUCGGCGAUAACAUCGACAUGGCAUACCAGGUUGAAUCGCGGCCUGCGUUCCUCGACCAUAACCUCACAGAAUACGUAAACGGACUCCCGCCAUCACUGAAGUUGAAAUACGAUUACGACACGGGAAAGUUCACGGAGAAGUAUAUCCUGCGCGAGGCCGUGAAGCCGUUUGUUACGGAAGAGAUCUACACGCGCACGAAGAAGCCGUAUAUGGGGCCGUUGAAGUUCCCGAAUAACGGCCCGCUGCAUAGGAAGUUGGCGGAGUUGGUGACGAGGGAGAAUGUUGAGGCGCUGGGGUUUGUGGAUUGGGAGCAGACGAGCGUGUUUGUUCCCAAAGCGUUUGAGGAAGGGGAUCAAUUGGCGUUUAGGGCUUCACUUGCGAUUGCGCAGUUUGUGGUUAUUUCCAAGAGAUUUGGUGUCAAGCCUGCGUCCCCUAGUGACUGGUUGAGUUAGGUUGAUAUUAGACUUGGGUAACUGAAUAGGGGGUAUUGAGCCCUACAAUUACUGGAAUAAUCAUCCGAUACACGCUACUUAAGCAAUAAAUGUUAUUUCAUUGCUCUCUCC